CAGGUAGUUGCAAAAGAAGUUCUCCCGACGCUCACUUGGUCCGUUCCAUCCAGGAGUUGUCCGAUCUUCUCGCCACCGAAUCCGUUCGUCAAAUCGAGGCCCGGAUGAUGACCGCACGUGGCGCGACGACGCGCAAAGGCUCGAAAAGUAAAACUGUCCACGAUUAUCCCUGUCCGCUCCUCUGCUUCAUCCGCGAGUCUCACGCAGCGGCCUUUAUGGAUUGGGACGUCGGCAUUGCGCUGCCGUAUCCUGAGUAAAAACGUACCCACACCAGAGUCAGGAUGGGGAUUUUGCAACACAAACCUAGGAGUUUUGUGAGUCACGCAUGACAAGUUGCACUCUGCAGUGUAGUGCAGGUUAGCAAGUGCAGCCGCGUCACAGAUUCAUCUGCUCAUCCUGUUCACAGCAUCACAAAUUCCAAAACACGAUUGGAAAUGGCUCUCAUGGGGAUGCGCAUUACAAGUCUUCCUGUCUUUGCAAAUCUGCAUUACAACUCUGGCGUGGGUACGUUUUUACUGAGGAUAUGCCGCCCGUGUUGCUCAUCGCGGUUUUGAAAGCAGAUGGCGUCUUUUUCCCUGCAGCAGAUUCUUCGGGCCAGUUCG